AUGCCGAGGUAUUACUGUGAUUAUUGCGAUACUUAUCUCACGCACGAUUCCCCAUCGGUGAGGAAGCAGCACAAUGCUGGUUACAAACACAAGGCGAAUGUGAGAAUAUACUAUCACCAAUUUGAGGAACAACAAACCCAAAGUCUGAUUGAUCAGAGGAUUAAAGAGCAUCUUGGCCAAGUUGGUGGUGUGUUUAAUCAGCAGCAUAUGCUCGCUAGACCUCGCCUUCCUAUGAUGCCACCACCUGGAACUAUGCCUAUGGGGAUGCGACCUCCUCUCCUGCCUAGACCCAUGAUGCCUGCUCAAGGUUACAUGCCUCCUCCGGGAGUACCACAGAUGAUGGCACCGCCUGGUGCUCCUCUACCUCCACCUCCACAGAACGGUAUGCUGAGGCCACCAGGAAUGGCUCCAAUACCAGGUCAAGGUGGUGGACCACCACCCAAUUAUAAUGGACUUCCUCUUCCUCCGCCUCCUCCUCCGUAUCCUACAAAUCCAGCUGCUGCUUCAACAAUCCAAACCCGGGUGCUGAGUCUCCUGAAAGCCAUGAGUAGAGUUUAGGUCUGAUGUGUCAUUUUUAUCCUCUUGUUUAAUAUAGUACAAAAUCCAAUACAUGUGAAGAUGUUUAGAAGUAAUGCAUAACUCUCAUGUGAUAGAUUCAAUUUUUGUGUAGAAUGAUUGAGAGCUAAAAGUAUUGACUUGUUGUGGUCUCUUAAAACAAACAGGUAAGAUUUAUGAAAGACUUGAUCAAAUGGCUUCA